CCCCUCCCCGGGAAGCGGAGAGGCGGAGCCGCCUUCCCUCCGUCGGGACUGGGAGCCUGGCUGGCUGGGAAGAAGGAGAGGCUCGGCCUGGGCGCGCCAUGGUGGAAGCCUGGUAUAUGGACGAGUCGGCGGAGGACCAGCGCCAGGCGCACCGCCGGGAGCCCAACGAGCCCGUCAGCCUGACGCUGCUGCAGCAGCUGGGCGUCUUCUACUGGAAACUGGAUGCUGACAACUAUGAGACCGAUCCUGUCUUAGCAGAGAUCCGGAAAGAAAGGAACUACAACUGGAUGGAUAUAAUAACGAUACACAAAGAUAAGCUUCCGAAUUACGAAGAGAAGAUAAAAAUAUUUUAUGAAGAGCACUUACACCUGGAUGAUGAGAUUCGCUACAUCCUGGAAGGAAGUGGGUAUUUUGACGUUCGCGAUAAAGACGACAAAUGGAUCCGGAUUGCCAUGGAAAAGGGAGACAUGAUCACGCUUCCUGCUGGCAUCUAUCACCGAUUUACGCUGGAUGAAUCUAAUUAUGUGAAGGCAAUGAGGCUGUUUGUCGGAGAACCUGUGUGGACAGCGUACAACAGGCCUGCGGAUCAUUUUCCUGCUCGAGUACAGUACCAGCAGUCUCUGGUGCAAGCAGCACAAUAAACCAGUGGGAAGGCGCGAGACUCAGUUUCCCACAACUUCUGCACAAUGGAAAUUGCAAAAUGGCCUUCUUAAUGCCACCUGCUUAUUAAUGAGACGUUGGUUUCCUGCAGCUCUAAUGUAGGGGAAGCAAAUAGAGGGGAAUGUUUGUUCUGUUCUUCCUCAAUCAAUUGUUGGAUGGAAGAUGAUUACCUUUCCUUUUCUUAAAAGCGGGAGAGAUCUUUUUGAGCAGAUCCGGAGAUUGCAUUUAACUUCGACUAGUUAGUCCAAGGAUCUCUCUGCUGCUCACGUAGUUAAAUAAUUCAGUUACACCUGAAGAUUCAUAUAGUGUAGCUUUUCCAACUUUGUGAGGGCACCAAGCUGAGGAAGGCUGACGACAAGGCAAUAUAAAUGCUUACCUGGUCUUGUUUUGCUUUUCAAUACAGUACAGAUUUAUUCAGUUGAGGAUAAGUUGAUUUUUUUCUUUUUAAAAAUACAAAUUCAAAACUGUUUGAAUACUUUUUCAGUUAAUCCAGUGCUGUGCUCAUGCAAAGAGAGGGGAAUUCACUUUGUGCAAACACUGCUUUAGCAACAAAUAUUUGGGCAGAAACUAUGAAUAGCAACCUUAUAACGCUGCCUUAUCCAGUAGCCUGAGGUUUUGGUUGUUUUUAACAAUCGAGCGGAACAUAAAUUUUAUGAAAUAAAUAACUAAAUAGAA